CGUGGAUCUCGUGUACGCCGUCAAAAGAUCCUUCACUUUUCAGAAACCAUCUAAUAUUAUCGAUUUUUGUCUUCGACUUGCAAUUUCUCUUGGCCACAACGGGGUUGCUACAAUGUUUAUCGACGUGUUUGUUGACAUGUUUGUGGAUAAUAACAGCCAGAUGAAUGUCAUCGAGGCUAAAAAAUCACUCUUCAGGGGGCAUAUGACGCCUUCACUAAUGUUCAUUGCUGUGGCAAACGGCCACCUAAAAACCGUACAACUUUUGUUAGAUAAAGGCGCCGAGGUUGAUCAGUUCAGUGGCCCAGCAGGGGACCUACUUCAAAGCAAUUCACGAGGAGCUGCAAAUUUUCCCAAUCUAGAGACGUAUGGAAAUGACCUUCUCCAAGCCCUCCUCUGUGCUGCAGCAGUUCGUGGUUAUGACGAUAUCGUAGCAGUGCUAUUGUCUGCGUCGACAACCUUGGAGGGCCCUCCAAGCCUGGAUCAAUGUCCCUUGUACCAAGCAGCCAAAGUCGGGCAUUCAAAGGUUGUUAGCGUCCUAUUAGAGGCCGGAGUUGAUCCACGUCCUUCGCUCUUAGCACACAUCAACUCCAAGAACCACCAAAUUGUCCGCCGUCUAGUCGAGGCAGCGUUGAAUCUCACGUCAAGUGAAUCAUGGGGUCCUUAUGACACGGAAGAAGCCAGAGAAAACUCCUACCUUAUCACAAUCGCCACGCGGUGCGGAAAGACUGAAAUUGUUCGAUACCUUCUUGCUGCUGGUGCAAAGACUGCAGAUAAAGACAAAGAUGGAAUGUCAGCCUUGCUAUGGGCUAUUCAGUGUGGGCAUGAUGAGAUUGUGAAGCUGUUGCUUAAUUACAGAGCACUUUUCAAAGCUGAUGAGUCUCAGAGAGUACGGGCUUUGGAUCUUGCGUGCAGAAGCCGUCAGGCGAAUUUGGUAUUAAUGCUACUCGCUAGACACUCGCGCGAGUGGACGGAGACGACCGAUGAAAGAGUAAAUGCCAUAGUGCGGAUGGAAGUAAGGCGGCGCCGAGAGGAGAUGGAGAGCUAGGCGGGACGAUCCGCCUUACCAGAUCUUCCGAGUGGAGAAAUGAUCAACAAUCAACAGCUCUGAUCUCAUCUGGAAGUGGUAGGGGGAGUUACUGGCGCCCUCCCAUCCAAUCAUCUCUAGGCGCUGCACCGUGAAUGAGCCUAUUUUAUCUUGAAAGA